GUUUUUAUGCUAACGUAAAAUGCCUCGACUUGAGUGUCUGACAGACGUAGUAACGGCUGAAACGCGAACCCAAGAGAAAAAUGUCUGUCACUAAGUCGAUGCUACUCUGCAAGACUUAAACAUUUAGAGGAAAACUUUGCAUUUUUUUUGGUAGUGGCACAUUUUCUGUUAGCACUCAACUUUAGGGUUCAAAUAUCAGCAGGCGUGUACUAGUUUUUCAGCUAUCAGCUAGCUUGCGUUUCUAAACCUAUAUCUGGAGUUAAACUUCAGUGGAAAAGCGGUGGAACAGUGGAAAUAAGAGGCGAACGGAGGCACGUCGAAGCGCACAAAACCUCGGUGCUGCCAGUUUUAUGAGCUCCUGGUGGUGCUGUCUGCUCUCUGCGGCCUGAAUUCAUGAGCGUGCUCUCUGUGUAGUCUGCGGUGAUGGGGAGCGGAGUCCAUGAACAACAGCGCUCACUGACACAAGGAGAAGUGUUGCCACUGACCUCAUCCAGUCAGUCGGAAGGGAGCUAUGAGGGCAUGAAGCAGACUCGCUCCGUCCUAAACUCGCUGUUCUCGGGCGCUUUAGCCGGAGCUGUGGCUAAGACUGCCGUUGCUCCACUGGACAGAACCAAAAUCAUCUUUCAAGUGUCUUCAAACCGAUUUUCUGCAAAGGAAGCCUACAGGUUGAUUUACCGAACUUACCUAAAAGAUGGCUUCCUCAGUCUGUGGAGGGGGAACUCUGCCACCAUGGUGCGAGUCAUCCCGUAUGCUGCCAUCCAGUUCUGCGCACAUGAGCAGUACAAGAGACUGCUGGGAGGCUAUUAUGGCUUUCAGGGGAAAGUUCUGCCUCCAGUCCCGAGGUUAUUGGCUGGGUCUUUGGCUGGAACCACGGCGGCCAUGCUGACGUACCCUCUGGACAUGGUGCGGGCCAGGAUGGCUGUGACGCCCAAGGAGAUGUACAGCAAUAUUCUGCACGUUUUUGCACGGAUCUCUCAGGAAGAGGGCAUAAAGACUCUGUAUCGAGGAUUUGCUCCAACCAUUCUGGGUGUGGUUCCUUACGCCGGACUGAGCUUCUUUACCUAUGAAACGCUGAAGAAGCUGCAUGCAGAGCAGAGUGGCCGUGCACAUCCCUACUCCUACGAGCGCCUGACCUUCGGAGCCUGCGCCGGCCUCAUCGGUCAGUCGGCGUCCUAUCCCCUGGAUGUGGUACGGCGGCGCAUGCAGACGGCAGGCGUCACAGGCCACACGUACGGCAGCAUCAUCGGCACCAUGAGGGAGAUCGUGUCCGAGGAGGGCUUCAUCCGUGGACUCUACAAAGGCCUCAGCAUGAACUGGGUGAAAGGACCCAUCGCCGUGGGGAUCAGCUUCACCACGUUUGACCUAACGCAGAUCCUCCUGAGGAAGCUGCAUCAGAUGGGCUUCACUCGAUAGUGACGGCACAGACGGAGGACGUGGGCGGAUAGAAGGGAUGCUCGGAGACUUUUUAACAGCCAGAUUGAGGCAAAGCGACUCAGGUUGUGCAGGAAACCAGUCCUGCAGAGGAGGUACGGUGGGUUCUAAGAGCAAUAUGAGCAAAAAAUGAGCGCACAUUAACUGACAUUUGGGAACCUCACGAAUGUUUCCAAACAUUUACAGAAGUCUCUACUGCCAUGCAAGCAGUGACACCAAAGGGACAGAGCUCUCUGCAGAUUAAAUGUUUGUGACGUUGACUAUAAUGUUGGUACGCUACAAGUUUUUUUUUUUUAGUUAUAUAAAUAGUCCUCAGUCGUGGCCUGUAAAGACUGCAGUGUUUUGUUUUUAAAGCUGAUCUCUUGUUGGUGCCAACACGUGUAAUAUUCUCAGUGCCCAUAUCUUCUCAAGUUUUUCCUAAACGUAUCACUGGAUUUUUGAACAUUUGUUUCGUCUGACAGUCAAGUUUACUAGAAGUUUAUGCUCGCUGCAAACCAUCAGAGGAAGUAACUUUACAGCUUCGUAUGUCUUCCUUUUACCUUCAGUCUGAUGGCUGCGUCUCAUUUUUCCUCUCAAAUAACACUAGUCACACUCCGGUUUUGCACGUGCAACUUUAAAGUCCUGCAUAUCAGUAAAUACUAACAGACUAAGUUGACUGGAAAUAUGCAAGCACGUCGUGAAGAGAUUUUAUAGUCUGUAAUUUGUUUUAUCUCACAUCUAAAUCAAAGAUGCCUUUAAUUAUUGCAUUUUAAAGUGUUAUAUGAAGUGGAGGUAAUAAAAAGAAAAAUCAUAUUUUAUGGUUUCUUAUGAGGCUGCAGUUUAACAUUCUGAAUGUAUUGAUGGAAGCUUAAAGUCGGUGAAGAGUGUCAAUGGUUUCUAUACUUGGAGCACGCGUUCUGAGGAAACAUGGUUGAGAUAUUGAGCUGCUGACUGAGAGCCAAGUGGGGCAGAGGGCGAGUCCUGCUCUAGCUCCAAAAACAGUAAACACAGUCUGUACUUUCCGUUUGUGUGUUGGUGUGAACAAGCAAUUACAACAAAACCAGAAAACCUCCAGUAGAGUUUUUAUUGUUGAGGGAAUUUGAUUAUUUAAAUCCUAUCUGAAUAUUUUUGACAUUUUUUGGUGAAUUUUGCUGCUCAUCUGUCAUUUUUUUUCACACUGGUCACUAAAACAUAAAAUUUACUUCUUUUGCGGUUUUUAAGUUAUCAUACAUAAAAGCCACUUCCACACAUCUAAAGGUUAGACUUGACUAUGUAGUUAUUGACACGACUUCAUACUUUUUUUUUCCACCACAGCACAAAGGGCUGUUUUCACUUCAGGUGACAACAAACAAGAUUCUAUGUUCUUUUCCUUCCCUCCGUCUGCCUGAUGAGCUGCAGAUAAGCUGCAUCUGCAAACAGAAGCAUUGUCUUUUAGCUCCAGUCUAUGAUGUUUUUAUGGACAAAGACAGAAGCUGUGAUUGAUGAUCGACAAGCAAAGAAGCUGUUUUGUGUAAAAACUAAAUGAAGGUGAUUUACUGAUUCUUAAGUGCCUAGAGUGGAGAAGGAAGAAUCUUUAGUAUGAUUUACUCUUCUUUGGAGACGUAGCUUUGAUUUUUAGGCGUAGAAUUGACGAGUUCUCAGGAGGCAGCCGAUGUCUAAAAGUGGUCUAAAAGUUUGUGAGACUGCAGUGGCUGAAUGUAUUAACAUACUAUUUGGUGUUUUUGUGUGUGAAGAUUUUGUAAAAGCUUGAACUGCCAUGCAGAAUCCUGCUGUUCACUUUGACGUUUGUGAUUUAUUUUGGGACUAAUUUUAAAUUUAAGAAAAGUACCUGCCUGUCAUGCAGAAAUGAGAAUCAGAGGAGUACAAAAGACAAUCAUAAAAUGCCAAAAACUUUAUUAAAUCUAACAAAACUAAAGCACUACAAUAAUUUAGUACAGCCUAUUUUUUUUGGGGGGGGGAGUAGUGACUUCAUUGUGGAAGUGUGGGCGAGAACUUCUCCAUUGUUACAACACCUUAUACUAUUUUAAUGGCUGUGAAAAAACAUUCUUUAAGUCCUAGUGCCAACUGAAUGUAAUGUAACUGAAUAACCACAGCUUGUGUCGAGCUUUUUGUGAUGAUGGUGUUCCUGUAGGAAGUGUUCCUAAAUCUCAACAUGUCAAAUAAAACUGGAUGUUAACAGAA